CGGUUGCCAACGACGCACGUCGUUCUUGCGCUCGCUCCAAACAGCGCCCACGGCGACGCAACACUUUCACCGACAUCCCUCGGCGAGAGCGGUAGCCCGUAGCCCCCUAGGCGAUAAGCCCACCGGAAUGGCCACCAUGGGCGUGGUCAGAGCAUGCGCGCCUCCCGCCCCCGCGCCCACCGCUCCGUCAGCCGACGCUGCCAAGAGGAAGCCCUCCAGGAGCGCCCGCGUGCUCGUGCUCGGCGGCGCCGGCCGCGUCGGAGGCUCCACGGCCACCGCGCUCUCCAAGCUCCGCCCUGACCUCAACAUUCUCGUCGGAGACAGGAACCGGGAGAAAGGUGAAUCCUUUGCAGCUAAGCUUGGCGAGAAGUCUGAAUUCGUCCAAGUUGAUAUCCGCAAUGCGAGCUUGCUGGAGAAAGCGCUACAGGGUGUGGAUUUAGUUGUCCAUACUGCUGGACCUUUCCAAAGGGCGGAGGAGUGCACUGUAUUGCAGGCAGCGAUAUCUACUAAGACAGCAUACAUUGAUGUUUGUGAUGAUACUGAUUAUUCAUGGAGAGCAAAAGGUUUCCAUGAACAAGCAAAAGCUGCCGGUAUUCCAGCUAUUACUACUGCUGGCAUAUAUCCUGGAGUCAGCAAUGUGAUGGCUGCUGAGCUUGUACAUGCUGCAAGAAGUGAAAAUGGUGAACCUGAGAGACUCAGAUUCUUCUACUAUACUGCAGGUACUGGUGGUGCUGGUCCAACAAUACUGACAACAAGUUUCCUGCUUCUUGGGGAGGAUGUAAUUGCAUAUAACAAGGGAGAAGAAAUCAAAUUGAAGCCCUACAGCGGAGGUCUGAACAUUGAUUUUGGAAAGGGGGUCAGAAAGAAAAAUGUUUACUUACUGAAUUUGCCAGAAGUGAAGAGUGCUUUUAAGAUUUUAGGUGUACCAACUGUUAGUGCCCGAUUUGGUACUGCUCCUUCCUUCUGGAAUUGGGGAAUGCAGGCUUUCGCAAACUUCUUACCUGUUGAGUUCUUGAGGGAUAAAGUUAAGGUUCAAAAUUUAGUCAAGUCAGUUGAUCCAUUGGUUCGAGCCAUUGACGGCAUUGUAGGAGAGCGUGUCUCCAUGAGAGUAGACUUGGACUGUUCAAAUGGCCGGAAUACUAUUGGACUAUUUACUCAUAAGAAGCUAUCUGUAUCGGUGGGCUUUGCAACAGCUGCAUUUGCUUUGGCAGUUCUUGAGGGCAACACCCAGCCAGGCGUUUGGUUUCCAGAAGAGCCAGAGGGGAUAGCAAUCGAAGCAAGGAAGCUUCUUCUUGAACGUGCAUCUCAAGGGACAAGCAACUUCGUGAUGAACAAGCCUUCCUGGAUGGUAGAAACUGAUCCAAAGGAAGUCGGCCUGGGAAUUUAUGUGUGAGAUGAUUAAGUAUGCUAAAAUUCUUGGAUGCUUGACAGUGCUCAGCUAAAUCUUGGGAGUUAGAGAAGUUGAAUGUGGCAGCCAGCAGGAUGUUGAAGUCCCCAAGAUCGAGCACGAUGUUUUUGUAUGAUUGAUUGGGCUAUCUUGUUUUUUAAAGGGUCGUUGUAUAUGAACAAUGAAGGUACACUUGAAUGGGUGUGGAAGCAUGGUACAUGAAACACCCUAGACCCAAAACCAUGCAAUGUUCAUCUCUACACAUUAAUGAUUGACUAUGCAUAGGCCUAGCCUAUCUUUCAGCAUCAGCUCUGGGGGUGGGGUAGCUACCCAUGGUGUGGUGGCAACUACCACCCGUUUGAGGAUAUUUUUAAAACAUUAUCCUUUGUCAUAUGGAUGUUAACUAAACAAAUCUACAGCAUUUCUUUAUGACCUA